AUGCCUCUUCCUGACCGGAUGUACUGCUCUCAGCAGAUCAACAUCCCUCCCGAGCUGCCGGACAUCCUCAAACAGUUCACUAAAGCUGCUAUUCGGACACAGCCUCCAGAUGUGCUGCAGUGGUCUGCUGCCUAUUUCACAGCUCUUUCUGAAGGUCAGCCUCUUCCAGUCAAAGAGAGGCUGGAAAUAUCUGCAGAAAGACAGAAGACUGACCACACGCUCACUCCAGGGCUCCUCAAAGUGCUUCAUAAACAGCUUUCAUCCAAGGAGAAUGUUGGUAGAGAAGAGUUAGAGCAGAAGUGGAAAGGUCUGUGUCUUCCAGCCGAACAGCUGGACACCCUGCUCGCUCUCGGGAACUUCAGCACGCAGGUCCACUGGAUGCACUUCUUCGCUCUCGCGUGCAGCGCUUUGGGUGGAACGAUUAUCAGUGCUCUGAAGGUUGCGUGUGAAAUCCUGAGUGAAGACCCUGAGGGAGCAGCGGCUCGAAUCUCCUUCAACACCUUCAUCAGCCUCUACACGUAUCUGACCCAGCUGGACGGAGACAUUCCUCAGGACGAGAUUGACCGCUUCCUGUUCAGCCUGCAGGAGGCUGUGACACGGCGAGGUGGGAUGGUCCAGCCGGCUGAUUUCACUGACCUCGAUGUGUAGAGGUGCGAGAGAACAGAUGGCUUUCAGAUCCUCUCUUCAGCCUAGGCUUUAACUGUCUUAUAUAACUGCACUAAUGAUGAAGCACCAUUCAACCUUUAACCCUAUAAAGCCUGGGCAUGUUUCAGUAAACGUAUUCGAGUUCUCAGCUUGUUAAUUCCACUGAUUAGCAAUACACACAAUAAAAGACAGAAAUGAUGUGGAAAACGAUUCUGUGAAAUCAGCAAAAACACAAAAAACAAUACAAAAAUAAAACACAUAAUGGUCUGCAGGGUCAUGUGAUGCAGCACUGUGAUGUUUUUUUAUCUCUAAACACAUGACCCUGAUGUUUUAUUCCUCUUAUACCACAGCAAUUUGGCAACAAUUACUGUGUUUGAUUUUUUAAAGAAUCAUGAAAUAAGUUACUUCCUGUCACUGAUAUUAUACACUAUAUUGCCAAAAAUUUUGGGACAUUUCAGGUGUUGUUUUUCAGGGGUUGGACU